GCAGAGGAGAAGCCAGCGGGCAAGUCAGCACAGCACCGCGCCCCUCGAGCUCCUUCGUCUCCCCCUUCUCCUCCUCCUCCCUCCACCGCCCGUGCAGCCGGCGCACAGACGAGGGAUUCAUACACGCCCGCCCGCGCCGCGCUGGCCUGGGGCUACCCAGAGGCAGCUCCGGCUCAGGCAGCUCCAGCAGGUGCCGGAGAUGAAGCGAAUAAAUCUCCGGGCGGAGGGGGAGACGCGGGGCAGCGCCAAGCGGAGGCACGGCCGCUGAGGCGCCUCCCGGGCCCGGCAGCGCUGGGCAGCGGGGCUUCGUCUCGGAGGGCGCCGAGGCAGGAGGCAUGGGACACCUCCCCGGAGCUGCAGCUGCCGCCGGCGCCGGACACCGGCGUGCCAAUGAGGUCUGAGACCCGGCCUUGCCCUUGGGGAUGGACUACCGCCCCCGGCCUGACUUCCAGCCGCACUUGACCUCAGUGCCGUACCGUCACGCCAGCGAGGGCAUGGGGGUCCUCACCGUGGGCGAGCCCCAGGGCCCGGCCAGGCACCACGUGGCCGUCUGCAAGCAGGAGAGCUUGUCCUUCGUGGAGCUGCCCGCCCUCCAGCCGCCGGCUCCAGGGGAUCGCGGCCUCUUCCAGAGCUCCUCUGAGGAUCAGGGCCCGGAGAGCCCCCCACCGCGCCCCGAAGGCUGGCCCCCCGCCCCGCAGGGCUACCUAGACUUCUGCCACGAGACGGGCUGGAUCCCGGACGCCUGGGUCCCCUCUGGAAGCUGCGCCGGGGACGGGGGCUCGCAGCCCGGGACAGCAGGGCUCUGCACCCCGCAGGGCCGGCAGGUGCAGGGGAAGGCGGACAGCUGGCCCCACGGCCGCCCCUCUGAGGCGUCCGACUCUUCGCCCUCGUCGCUCAGCGACUCCUCUCUCCACGAGCUCCCCGGCGGGCCGGCCGCCCAGCGGCGAGGGUCCCAGGGGACGGGCAAGGAGAAGCUAGCCUGGAGGAAGAUCCGGGUCUACUCCCCGGACAGCCCCAGCGACAGCAGUCCCAGCCUGGAGGGGGACAGGCGAUUCCCGUGUCCCGAGGCCACGCGGCCCGUGGGGGAGCUCACGCUGGGGGAGAUGGCGCUGCGGGCGCUGAGGCCGGCUCCAGACGGGUACCCCCGCGAGGUGCCCGAGACGCUGGACCUGGCGCUGCCCCCGCAUGCGGGCGGCCGGAGUGCCAAGGCCUCGGCGGAUCAGGAGAGGCGACGCUUCUCCGCCUCGGAGCUCGUGAACCGGCUGCAGCUGUCUCAGCGCCGCGGCACCUUCGCCCUCAAGCUGGGCAAGUCCCUGUCCGCCCGCAGCGCUGCCAAGGAGAAAGGAGCUGGGGCAAGCCAGGAAGGGAAACUGGGAGGAAGGGAGCGGAGCUGCAGCGCCGACGAGCACCCGCCCCCAGCCAGCAACGGUGGGCCCAGGACCAAGGCGGAGCAGGAGACCCCCGGGGGGGCCGCGCUGAAGCACGAGAGGCGGCAGUCCCGGUUCCUCCUGAACUCCAUCCUGUACCAGGAGUACAGCGCCGUGGCCAUCGACCGGGAGAUCCAGCGGCAGAAGCGGGAGGACGCGCUGGCGGAGGAGGAGGACGAGGCGCUGGCGCCGCCCAAGACCAACCUGUCUCCCAGCAGCUCCUUCCGCUCGCAGCGCGCGUCCCGCGGCUCCACCUUCUCGCUGUGGCAGGACAUCCCCGACGUGCGGAGCAGCGGGGUCCUCGGCACCAUCAGCCUCCAGGAGUGCAAGCUGCAGGAGGCCAAGUUUGAGCUGAUCACCUCGGAGGCCUCGUACAUCCACAGCCUGUCCAUCGCGGUGGACCACUUCAUGAACUCCCGGGAGCUGAACGAGUGCCUGGGAGCCCAGGAGAAGCAGUGGCUCUUCUCCAAGCUCCCCGAGGUGAAGGACGUCAGCGAAAGGUUCCUGCUGGAGCUGGAGGAGCGGCUGGAGGAGGACAUCCUGCUCUUCGACGUGUGCGACAUCGUGCUGCGCCACUGCCCCGCUUUCCGCCGCGUCUACCUGCCCUACGUCACCAACCAGGCCUACCAGGAGCAGACCUACCAGCGCCUGCUGCAGGACAACGCCAAGUUCCCAGGCAUCCUGGCCAAGCUGGAAGAGGGGCCCGUGUGUCAGCGCCUGCCCCUCACGUCCUUCCUGAUCCUGCCCUUCCAGAGAAUCAUGCGCCUGAAGAUGCUGGUGGAGAACAUCCUGAAACGGACCCCGCAGGGCUCCCGGGAUGAGGACACGGCCACCAAAGCCUUCAACGAGCUCAAGAAGCUGGUGAAGGAGUGCAACGCCAGUGUCCGCUCCAUGAAGAGGACAGAGGAGCUCAUUCACCUGAACAAGAAAAUCCACUUUGAGAGUAAGAUCUUCCCGCUGAUCUCCCAGUCGCGCUGGCUCGUGAAACACGGGGAGCUGGUGGAAGUGGACGUGCCGCUGCUCAGCACGUUCGCCUCCAAGUUCAAGCUGUGCACCCGCACCGUGUACCUGCACCUCUUCAACGACUGUCUCCUGCUGUCCCGACGCAAGGAGACGGGGAAGUUUGCCGUGUUCGUUCACGCCAAGAUGCCCGAGCUCAAAGUGACCGACCUGAGCAAGAAGCUCCAGGGGAUCCCGGGGCAGAUCUUCCACCUGCAGCUCUUCGACAACCAGAGCCUGAAGCACCAGAUCCUGCUGCGGGCGCAGACCGAGAGCGAGAAGCAGCGGUGGAUGUCGGCGAUGGUGCCCUGCAGCCCCCAGACGGACAAGGAGCACGUCACCGAGACCGCAGACAGCGCCCAGGUGCAGUGCGUCAAGGGCUACAAGGCCCAGGAGCACGACGAGCUGACGCUGGAGAAGGCCGACAUCCUGGCCGUCAAGACCAGGACCAGCGACGGGUGGAUCGAGGGCAUCCGCCUGUCGGACGGCGAGCGGGGCUGGGUGCCCAAGGGCCACGUGGAGGAGAUCACCAGCCGCAGCGCCCGGCUGCGCAACCUGCGCGAGAACGACCGCCUCAAGCACGCCACGCGCAAGCUGGAGCAGGGCCAGGCCUGA